GGCGGGCCUGGCCGGGCCGGGCCGGGCCGUGGCGGCGGCGGCGGCGGCGGCGCUGGGCGGCCGGAGGACGAUGACGAGCGGCGGCGGCGGCGCGGCGCCCGCGCCCGAGCCCGCGGCCUGCGAGCGGCGCUGAGACUCCCCGGAGAGCUGCCAUGGAGAAGCCCUGGGUGCUGUGGAGCGUCGUGGAGCGGUGGCUGCUGGCCGUGGCCUCGUGGUCGUGGGGCGUCUGCCGCAUCUCCCUGCUGCCCCUGAUCGUGACGUUCCACCUGUACGGGGGCGUCCUCCUGCUGCUGCUGAUCCUCGUCUCGGUGGCAGGCAUCCUGUACAAGUUCCAGGACGUGCUGCUCUACUUCCCGGAGCAGCCGUCCUCCUCGCGCCUCUACGUCCCCAUGCCCACGGGUGUGCCCCACGAGAACGUCUUCAUCAGAGCCAAAGACGGCGUGCGCCUGAACCUGAUCCUCCUCAGGUACACGGGCGACAACUCCCCCUACUCGCCCACCAUCAUCUACUUCCACGGCAACGCGGGCAACAUCGGGCACCGCCUUCCCAACGCCCUGCUCAUGCUGGUGAACCUCAAGGUCAACCUCUUGCUGGUCGACUACCGGGGCUACGGCAAAAGCGAGGGGGAGGCCAGCGAGGAGGGGCUCUACCUGGACUCCGAGGCCGUGCUGGACUACGUGAUGACGAGGCCUGACCUCGACAAGACUAAGAUCAUCCUGUUCGGCCGCUCGCUGGGCGGCGCCGUGGCCAUCCACCUGGCCUCCGAGAACGCCCACAGGAUCUCCGCCGUGGUGGUGGAGAACACGUUCCUCAGCAUCCCGCACAUGGCCAGCACUUUGUUCUCCUUCUUCCCCGUGCGGUACCUGCCGCUGUGGUGCUACAAGAACAAGUUCCUGUCGUACCGGAAGGUGUCCCAGUGCAGGAUGCCGUCCCUGUUCGUCUCAGGGCUCUCGGACCAGCUCAUCCCGCCCGUGAUGAUGAAGCAGCUCUACGAGCUCUCGCCCUCCCGGACUAAGCGACUGGCCAUCUUCCCGGAGGGCACGCACAACGACACCUGGCAGUGCCAGGGCUACUUCACUGCCCUCGAGCAGUUCAUCCGAGAGGUGGUCAAGAGCCACUCCCCCGAGGAGAUGGCCAAGACGUCCUCCAGCGUGACCAUCAUCUGACGCCCCGGGGCCAGGAGUGUCCCCUUGGCAGGGGUGCUUGUCUGAGCGUGACGGUCGGACGCGGCAAGGACUCUCCACUCCUCGACGAUGAUCCAAAUAGUUUUUUACAUUUCGAGGACUUGCUUUCUUGGGAUUAUUUUACACGUUUCCAUCGGGCUUUCCGGGGUGUUGCGUAUCCUUAUCCUUGUUUAGUUGCCAAUAUAAGAGCAGAUUCUAUCCAAGUGUUUCUUUCGGCCGACGUGGUUUAUCUCUUUGGCACUUAGGUUAAUGGCUGGGCGUGGAAGGAAACUCAUAAACAGGAACUUUUGGUUAUUAUUCUUUCAUAUACACGGGGACAAUCAUGAUUAGCAAACUUAGUUGUGUAACUGCAUUUUCACCUUAAAGUUAAAACGAAGUGCAUGAUGGUAUUUUAUUCCUUGAAUUAUGCAAUGCAAUGUUUUUAGUGUAAAUAGCGCUGGUUAUUUACCAAUGUACAUGGUAACCUGGGUUCUAUCUAUUUUUAUGUCAAUUAUUUUGUUUCGGCAAGAAGUAAAACUGAGGCCCGUGUGCAAGUUGCCAUUCGAAAUUCGCCCUGGUGAGUGCUGAGCUCCAGCUCUUUCUUACAAAGGGGGCCCCGUUUCCGGUGGAGAUGGACCCCGCUUUGGUAGGCACAGUCUGGAUCGUGGCACGUGAACACAAAAAUGUAGAACUUUAUUGCAGCUUUAAUGUGCAUAUUUGAACUUUUUAACAUUUGUAAUUUUGGUGGCAAAGAGAAUUUUAGCUUCUGUCAGUUUUGUAAGUCGACAGCCAACCCAUUACUAGCGAUCACAAUGGAGAUUAGCACUUGUCUAAGAUUAGGACGUAUUCUCAGAACAUGAUUGUACAUACUAUUUUACACGGAUUCCCUCGCUUGAUUUUUAAGUCCCAGUAUUUAGGUAUAUCUAAAUCACUGAAGCCAAGACACAUUGAUUGGAUUUUCUGAAAAUAAAAGUUACAAAAGCAUAAAGAACUAUGUUCUUUGGUUUAAUGUUUUAGUUGCUGUGAACUAGAUUCCUGUGUCAGGAGACAGUUUGGGAGAUGCUCCCUGUCUUCCAGACGCAGGAUUGUGGGGUGAAGAAGCUCUCGAGCUUGUCUUGUAGAAUCUAAGGCCACUUUGAACUGACUGGAAGGGGAGUAGUAUUUAGGCAGGUAGGAGAGGAGGCAAAAGCCCUUACUGAUAAAAGGAAGAGCCUCUUUCAAACUUGCAGGUUUUACCUUAAAAAAAUUAAAAAAUAUCUAUAUAUAAACUAUAAGGCAUAAUUGUGCUAAGUUGUUUCGACCUGUCCUCAAAAAUUAGAUGUAAUUGAGCUUUAUAUCUUAAGUCAGCUUAUAACAUAUAAUAUUUUGAAUAUUUUGGCCAUAUUAGCUUUGUAUAAGCAGUUAGAGCAGAAAAAUAAUAGGUCAGUAAACGUGACCUUAAUUUACAACCUUUCCAUGAAGAUAGGGCUAGAAGUACUUUUGCCAAAUAACAUUGUUUUCAUUCACUUUAUGUCAGUAUUUAGAAAAAAAAAACUAAAGCAAGUAUGAUUUAUAAAGGAUACCGUUUUGUUAUAAUAUUUGAAAAAAAAAGUCUUGCUUUUGAAAAAACAUUGGCGAUACAUAUCAUGAGAGGCGUAUUUUCUAUACAGACUCAAGGCCACUUUCACCUUGUCCAUCAUUGCCGUGUGGAGUCUUCAGCAGUGACGUAUUAGAAAAAAAUGCCGUGGGUUUCGCCAGCAGCCCGAGGCCCCGUUGCUGGGUGGGCUCCUGCCAUCCCGAGAGGAGGGUCCUGCCAGCGGACACGCCCCGGGGUGAGCUCAGAGCCCGGCACUCGUCAGUGUUUGUUUUUGUGUUUCUUGACUCAGACUCCAGUUUCAGAGGCAGCUUUUCCCCUCCACCUUGAGCUCAGAAGUGGCCCCGUCCUUGUGUCCCCCGAAGGCCCCUUCUGGCCGCGGGGGCGGAGCCCCUGGAGGCCUCCUGCCCCGUGUGUGAGACCGUGCCCUGGCAGGGGGAGGGGUCGGGGGUCCAGGAAGAACAUUUAUGUUGUGGCGGCACCAUGGGUUCCUGAUGAAUCCUUCGUGCCCGCGGCCCCCUCCUGGAGCGGGGUACGCGUGUCCGGGCCGUGUGGAGACCUCUGCCGCUUUCAGGCCCACCUGGAGGAGUCAGGAGUGGAUCUUGCGAGUCAGUAACUGAGGCUUGGAAACCCUCCCGCGAGUUCAGGCACGGCAGCCGUUCCUUUAAGGCCCAUUGGAGAGGGAGGUGGCAGUAAAAGACUCGAGAAAGGUUUAUCGGAAAAUAUGGGUAAUACUAACAGGAGCGGGUAGGAAGGGAAGCGUGACAGAUUCUUCAGUGUCCUGAGAAAACGGCCCAAGCUGGACCUAGCUUGGGCUCUCGGCCUGGCUGCUCCCUGGGCUUCUGCAGGCCUCCACUGUACAACUCGGUGUUUUGAUUAAAGCCGCUCUCCGGAUUUUGUCACCAGGCAGCCUGAGUCUGUUUUCAGGGUGCUCUGCAGACAGUGGGUAGCGGCAGGACGGACUCCACCUCUAGUUCCUCUCCCGGCUGCUCACGUUGCGAUUGGUACUUCCUGUUGUAACCCCAACGGACACCCAGGCCCCUGGGCGCUUUCAGUUCUGUUUCAUGUUUGUUUCUUACAUCUGUGAGGUUUGGCAGCGGCGGGAGUAGGCUUACCUGGUGGACUGGGGACACAAAGGCCAUAGUCCAUUUUCUACCAGUUACCUGCAAGUUCAGCCGCGCAGUGAGGGGUCACUUCCUCGAGGCAACGGGAUCAUGAAGGUGAACUUUUGAAGCCCGUGUCACAGAACCUUUUUUAAUCAGGCCAAGAGUGAGAGGAAAUUCUCUGUGAUCUUUCCUCUGCUCCCUUUUUUUUUUCUAUUGUGUUUAACAACAAUUGUGAAAAAUAAAACUGUGAAGAAAUUAGUGAUAAUGCUUUUAGAUGAUCCACUUAAAAAGUUAUGUAUUUUCAUGUCACUCAGGUAAAGUUGGAAAUGACAGAGCACAGACAUCUAUUUUUUAAAUUAAUAGGGGAAAAAUAGAAAAGUACUUCUGUUUAUUUAUAUUGCCAUAUAUGCAUAUAUCUUAGCAAAUCAGAAAUAAUAUAUUCAUUUGUAUGGCAAAAAUAAAUGCAUUCAUCCUAGUAGUAGUCAACACAUUUUGCCAAAUGGCACAAAUAUACCUCCAUUUAUAUUUUAUAUCUUUAAAGUGUAGUUUUAAAAAUAGGACCAGUAUAAGACACUUUUUACAAAAAGUGCCAUAUAUACAUAUGUAACAGGGAUGAGUGUGUUUUAACAUAAUUUAUAACAAUUUGUCAGUACAGCAUAUACUGAAAAUUUAAGUUAUUUUCAACAUAUUCAAGUAUGUUCAGGAUAAAUUAAGCCAAUUUCAUAAUGUAAAUCAUAUUUUUGUUAUUUGCCAUAUUUUAUUUGAAGCAGUAAUAGAAUUUUAUAACUCAAAUUUGAAUGUUACAUUGUAGCUAACCAUGGCAAGCAAACAUUUGGUUUUUUUUUUUUUACAGUACAUUUCUUUAAAAAUAUGCUUUCUAUUUUUCUGUACUGACAUUUGCAAUAAAUUGAUACAUUAAAAGUUUGAUUAAUGUCUUAAGAUAGUUUGUAUUCAGUCUUUUUCAUUUUCUAUUCAUCUAAGUUACAUGAUAGGACACUAAUGUUUCUUGAAUGAUUCAAUAAAAUUCCUGAAUUUGUA